CCCGGGCUGUCGGACUUCGCUCUUGGCGCGGCCAGCCCGGGCUUCGGGGCGCCGGGCUCCGGAAACGCACGCGGGGCCGGGUUGCUCUCGGGCGGGCUGGGCCAGAUCUCAUCUCUUCGCCCUGCCUCAGUUUUUUCUUUCCAAGGCAUAGAAUGAAAACCAGACGGCCUGUCUUGGAACCAGGCCAGUUCACAGAGACCAGACAGACCCUAGGCGACGAAAGCUCCCUGGCGGUGCUCGAAAGCGUUUCCUGUGAUUAGUGCUCGGACUGGUGGGGAAGGUUCAGACCUGCUGCAGGGAGACUAAGACAGCCGGUGGGAGCCUACAUCAUGUCAAGUCAUACAACCGUAUCUGUCCUGACCUGCAAAAAAGAGCAGCUCCACCCCCAGAGGAUGCCACAUCUGAUAAUCAUGGACAGUAGGACGUUGUGACCCUCUGUGAGCAAAACCACCCCCUUGCAACUCAUGUGCAUCAUCUUCUUUAAGUUUGAUCCUCGACCUGCUUCCAAAAAUGCAUACAGGCUUAUCUUGGCAGCCAACAGGGAUGAAUCCUACCACAGACCAUCCAAGCUAGCCGACUUCUGGGGCAACAACAAUGAGAUUCUUAGUGGGCUCGACAUGGAAGAAGGCAGGGAAGGAGGCACAUGGCUGGGCAUCAGCACACGAGGGAAGCUAGGGGCGCUCACCAACUACCUGCAGCCACAGCUGGACCGAGAUACCCGUGGCAGAGGUGAACUUGUAACCAACUUUCUGACCACUGACAUGGACAGCUUGUCCUACCUGAAGAAAGUCUCCCAGGAGGGCCACCUGUAUAAUGGCUUUAACCUCAUAGCAGCUGACCUCAGCACAGCAAAAGGAGAUGUUGUUUGUUACUAUGGAAACCGAGGGGACCCUAAGCCCAUUGUCCUGACGCCAGGAACCUAUGGGCUGAGCAACGCACUGCUGGAGACACCCUGGAGGAAGUUGUGUUUUGGCAAGCAGCUAUUCUUGGAGGUUGUGGAGCAGAGCCAGGCACUCCCCAAGGAUGCCCUUGUUGCCCAGCUCCUGGAUGUGCUGAACAAUGAGGAGGCACAGCUGCCAGACCCAGCCAUCGAGGACCAGGGCCAGGAGUAUAUACAGCCUAUACUGAGCAAGUAUGCAGCUGUGUGUGUGCGCUGCCCAGACUACGGCACCAGAACCAACACCAUUAUCCUUGUGGAUGCAAAUGGCCAGGUGACCUUCACAGAGCGCAGCAUGCUGGACAAGGAUCCCUCCCGGUGGGAGACCAACACCCAUGAGUUCAUGCUUCAGAGCUAACAGAGCUCUGGAGAGGCCCUGCUUCAAGGCGAGUGUGGACUAGAAUCUUCAUGGCAUAUGGCACUGCCUAGAACUCAGCCAGUGUCCUCUAGGCCUGGCACCCUCUGAUCUAUGUGUUAUCUGUGUCCCUGUACUCAGCUCAGGGUCUGCCUUUGAAGAGUGACAGAGUCUGAUGCUAGGCCUACACAGUCCCAUACAUUGGCAAUGUAGUUGGGUCUACCCUGCUUGUGUGCGUAAGUAAUCACAUACACAUAAAGGGAAUGUGUUAACACAUUUACAUGCAUAAAUAUGCACAUGUACACAUGGAUACAUACACAGGCACACAUAUGCACACAGAAGAGUCCUCACCACAUAUGCACUUCUAGCCAGUGGGUCUUUGCCUGGUCAAGUGAUGGGGUAAGCUUUUGUUUAGGCCUUUUCUUUCCUGGGAGCAAAGAGUACAACUGUAGUUCAGUUCCCAGACAUCCUGCAGAGGAGACAGGCCAUGUCAAAGAAGAUACAAAACUCAUUUUUACAACUGAAGCACACCCUUAGUAUGGUCUUGAUGUGCCAGAGGGUCCUGUGUAUAUGCGGCAGUCUUCAUAUAUACUGGAUGAUUUUAGGAUGGUGUAGGUAUCCCAUGUAUCCUAGAAGGUUCUCCGUGUACCAGGGGUGUCAUGUACACUGGUCAUUCUGCCCAUGGAAGGCAGGUGUGUGCUGGGGACUUUUAGGCCCCUCCUCACUCAGGUGAGCAUUGAGGGCUCUGUGCAGGUCUAUCUCAGUAAGGGAACUUAGUUAACUGUUGCUGUCUCCCUUUUCCUUCCUGGAGAGUUCAGCUUCAUAGGAAUCUGAACUUAUGUGAGCUAUGGAUAAUAAA